GCCGCUGUGAAAUGCCUCGAAGGGAGCCCGCCAGCUACUCCUGCAGAGACCUGAAGGUUAGCUCCAGCUGAGGAUGGCAGGAGAUUCCCGCGUCCUAAUGGACCACAACAUGGAGAUAGGCGUCACCCCUGCACAGGUGAAGAAGCUUCCCAAACAUUUGAGGGAGCCUCAGAUCUCUACAGAGCGAACCCACCUGAUAGCUGACCCAGCGAAGAAGCCACGUCAGCGAUACGUGCAAAAGGAUGGCAAAUGCAACGUUCAUCAUGGAAACGUGCAAGAGACCUACCGUUACCUCAGUGACUUGUUCACUACGCUGGUGGACCUACGUUGGCGUCUUAGUUUCUUUAUUUUCACACUGGUCUAUGUGGUCAACUGGCUCUUCUUUGGGUUUCUUUGGUGGCUGAUCGCACUCAUCCGUGGGGACCUAGUGCAUGGCGACGAGGAGGGCUGGACCCCCUGUGUGGAGAACCUUAAUAGUUUUGUCUCAGCCUUCCUCUUCUCCAUUGAAACGGAGACCACCAUUGGGUAUGGUUAUCGUGUAAUCACCGAAAAAUGCCCUGAAGGUAUUAUACUACUUUUGGUGCAGGCCAUCUUGGGUUCCAUUGUCAACGCCAUGAUGGUGGGCUGCAUGUUUGUUAAGAUUUCACAGCCAAAGAACCGUGCCGAGACCCUCAUGUUCUCACACAACGCUGUCAUAUCGGUGCGAGAUAACAAGAUGUGCCUGAUGUUUCGGGUGGGCGACCUGAGGAACUCUCACAUUGUGGAGGCAUCAAUUCGAGCAAAGCUGAUCCGCUCACAGCAGACCAAAGAGGGGGAGUUCAUCCCGCUCAACCAGACUGACAUCAACAUUGGCUUUGACACAGGGGACGACCGGCUGUUCUUGGUCUCACCACUCAUCAUCUCUCAUGAAAUAAACGAGAAGAGCCCCUUCUGGGAAAUGUCCAUGGCGCAAAUGGAAAAGGAGGAGUUCGAGAUUGUGGUUAUUCUCGAGGGAAUGGUGGAGGCCACAGGGAUGACGUGUCAGGCAAGAAGUUCGUACCUGGACACUGAGGUCCUGUGGGGUUACCGCUUCACUCCAGUGCUAUCCUUGGAGAAGGGCUUCUACGAGGUAGAUUACAAUAACUUCCACGAUGUCUAUGAGACCAACACCCCCACCUGCAGCGCCAAGGAGAUGGCGGCUAAACUUCGUGAGGAGCCGUUAUUGCCACAGCUUUCACUCCUCAGCCCCGAACCCAAAAUGCAUACUUUUGACCCCCUAAACCAACUGUCACAGCAGGAUCCACUAAGCCAAGAUGAGGAGAAUGAAGAGAGGGUUUCCGGGGGUGACAGAGGGGAGACCAAUGGCUCAGCCGCUGCUUUAGAGGAGCUCCCACUUGCUGACGGACUGUCUGACUGAUGGGUUUGACAGCUAAAAGCCCAGAAAACUCUGGAUAAAGACAUAUGACAUUAUAUGGUUUCAUUUGGUCAAUGGCCGGCUUGGUCCAUUGCAGCACUCAGAGAUAAAAGACAUAUCUCCAGCCGCCAACUCAUGCAAUAUUCCUCUACUAGAGUGUCAAUCUAUAGUAUAGAUUGG